UACCAGCCAUCCACAAACCAACUUUUCAAUCCCUCACUUCUCCAGCUCCAUCUUUGAUCUCUCAUCGCAGUGCGAAAGGCUAGCAUGGAUCCUCGCCAGACCCAAUCGAUCUCAACGCCCGCCGAGGACGAGGAGCUCCUGGCUGCCUUCGAGACGUGCGUCCUCGUGUCCGUCCCCCUGGUGCUGACGUCCGCCGUCGAGCUCGGGAUCAUCGACUUGCUAGCCAGGGAAGGCGGGGCCUCCGCCCGCCUGUCGCCGUCCCAGAUCGUGUCCCGCCUCGGGAUCACCAACCCGGACGCCCCGCGCACCGUCGACCGCAUGCUGCGGCUCCUCGCCAGCUUCUCCUACUUGUCGUGCACUCUUGAUGGCGAUCAGCGGCUGUACGGCAUCGGGCCGAAGAGCAAGUACUUUGUGAGCAGCGAAGCCGGUUCUUUCGCGCCGUUGCUGCGAUUCCUCCAACAUAAGACCGUCAUCAAUGGCUGGUAUGGGUUGCAAGAAGCAGUAAAAAAUGGAGGAAGCCCCUUUCAGAAUGCAAACGCGAUGAGUAUCUUCGACUGCGCCAUGAAGGACCCGGCGUUCAGCGCGCUCCUGAACAACGGGAUGAAAGCCCCGACCCCGCUUUACAUGAACAAGAUCCUCGACUCCUACCGCGGGUUCGAGGGCGCGAAGACUGUCGCCGACGUGGGCGGCGGCGUCGGCGAGAGCCUCCGGCUCAUAUUGAACAAGUUCCCACAUCUCAGGGGCAUAAACUAUGAUCUGCCUCACGUGGUCAAAGAUGCACCUGCCCAUCCUCGUAUGGAGCAUGUAGGAGGAGACUUGUCAAAGUCUAUUCCAAAAGCCGAUAUCCUCUUCAUGAAGUGGCUUUUCCAUGGUCGACCCGACGAUUUCUGCAAGAAGCUACUCAAGAACUGUUACGAGGCACUGCCGCCAAAUGGCAAGGUGGUCAUCUUCGACCCGAUCCUUCCCGAUUAUCCCGAGACCGACGCGGUGUCGAGGAACGCGUUCACCUCCGACAUGAUCAUGCUCGGCGCGAGCCCCGGAGGGGUCGACAGGACAAGGAAAGAGCUGGAGGCGCUUGCGCUUUCAGCCGGUUUUGACAAGCCGAGAAUUCCGUGUCGGGCUUACAACAUGUGGGUGAUGGAGUUGCACAAAAGGAAGUGAUCACUCUCGAGUCGCUUGAGGCACUGAUCGUGAUCGCCUAACUCUAGGAUUUCUUGUGCGCGGAAAAAAUGAGGAAUGACCCACAAAUAAAUGCCAUCUUCACAUGAAGAACAAUGUAGGACCCCCCUUGAAAUUUAAUAAAAGAGAGUGAACGCUCAUGUCUCCA